AUGUACUCCAUGCUAUACUUCUACCGGCAGACGUGGCGCUCCCUGGCGAGUCGCGCGGAGCACAAGUGGGACCCCUUCCUCAUGGUUGAACUGCGUGGGAGGAAGGUGGGCAUCAUUGGCUACGGCGACAUUGGGCAGGCCAGCGCCAAACUUCUCAGUGCCUUUGGGAUGGAGGUGACGGGUGUGAAGCGGUCCGCGUCCACGAAGGAGGUGGACGAGUACGGCGUGCGUCUUGUGCACGGCGAUGCGGAGCGGGAGCGUGUGUUGCGUGAAUCCGACUUCGUGGUCAACAUCCUCCCGGGAACGGAGGAGACAAAGCGGUUUUUUAACAAAGAGCUCUUCUCCAUGAUGAAGCCGAGCGCGGUGUACAUCAGCAUUGGCCGCGGCAUCACGCAGAACGAGGAUGACCUUGCGUGUGCGCUGCGUGAUGGCGUCAUCCGUGGUGCCUCUGUGGAUGUGUUUGAGAGGGAACCGCUUCCCGCCGAGUCCCCACUGUGGGACAUCAGUGAUGAUAAGCUUCUUUUGACCGCCCACUCGGCUGACAGGGCAUUUUUUAUAGGAGCUUGUGAAAAGAAUGAUCACGGGAGAGCUGGCUAA